CGGCUGGGAGCGCUCGCGGCCCUAAUUAAAGCCGCGCUCGGGCCCUGGGGACCCGCCUGACGUCGGCGGCCGCGGGGAUAAGAAGCGCGGCGGCCGAAGGGCUCGGCGCGGGCACCCGGCGGCCGCGGUCCCCUCGGAGCGGCGGUCCGCGUCCCCUGCGCUCGGACUCCUCGGGCCAUGGAGUAGCGGCGCGGCCCGGCAACGACGCGGGCAGACGCGGGACAGACGCCCACGACGCGGGCGACCGCGGGCGCAGGGUACCCGGCCGGGCGCAGCAGGCGGCGGGCGGCGCGGGCAGGUGCGGGCCGGGCCUCCGGUGGCUGAGGGCUCUCGGCGCGGUCCCGGGAGCGUGGGACGCCGGGCCACCCGAAGCCGGGCUGCCGCUGUGGGCGGCGGCUUCCUCGCGGAGGUGGCGAGACGCCCGGAGGCUGAAGAAAGUUGUGCGGGCUCCGGGCCCUGUGCGGACACCGCGUGCAGGGAAAGUUGAGGGCGCGCGGCUUCGAGGCGCAGGCACCCGCCGCGGUCGCCCCCUGGGCGGGUCCGGGUGAUCUGCGGACUCUCCCUCCCACGCCCGCCCUCGGUCCCGCCGCCGCCACAACCCUGCGACCCGGGACGAUGCGCGCGCCCGGGCGGCCCCUGCUCCUGGGGCUGCUGCUGGUGCUGGGCGCGGCGGGGCCCGGCCGGGGGCGCGUGCAGCCCCGGGGGCCCACGGACCGGCAGACGAUGCUACGGCUCCUCGUGGAGCUGGUCCAGGAGCUGAAGAAAUACCACUCGGGGGAGUCCAAGAGGCUGCAGGUCCUCAGUGAGCCGGACUUCUCCCUGGGACGCAGGGAGGCCGCGGACUACGGGACUGACUCCGAGGAGCAGAGAGUGGAAAUCGUCCCUCGAGACCUGAGGAUGAAAGACAAGUUCCUGAAGCACCUCACAGGUCCUCUUUAUUUCAGUCCGAAGUGCAGCAAACACUUCCACAGACUUUACCACAAUACCCGAGACUGCACCAUCCCUGCGUGUACUGAGUGUCCCAGGCCCUGUGACAGACACCAGCUGAAGCCAUAGGCCUUGUCUUCGUGGAGCUACCCAAUCAGGCAGGAGGCACAGAUGCCUCAGAAAACACCAAGGAUGGGGUUCUGGGCUAGGGAGGAUAAAUUUCCAGCAGGGUGGUGAGAGGAGGUUCACCAGAAGUAAUUGAAUCGUGGACUUGACUCUGACCAAAUGUCCACUAAUAAACAUGACCCAGAGGGACUGUCACUCAGGACCUCCUGAUUCUAACCCUACACCAUCAAUUACAAAUGUGAACCACGUAGGAUGCGAGUUUAAAUUUAUUUUAUUUAUUGUGACUAUUAUAAAUAAUAAGAGAAUAAAAAAAUAAAGGAAGCCGGGCACAAUGGUUCACGCCUAUAAUCCCACCAGCUGCUCAGGAGGCUGAGACAGAAGGAUCUUGAGUUCAAAGUCAGCCUCAGCACAAGUGAGGCACUAACCAACUCACUGUAGAUCCUGCUUCUCAGUAAAAUGCAAUAUUAGGGCUGGGGGUGUAGCUCAGUGGUCAAAUGUCCCUGAGUUCAAUCCCUGGUACCCCAAUCCCCAAAAUAAAUAAAUAAAAACAAAGGAUCAUCAACAUGCUGCAGAAUCAAAGUGGAAAUAAGUCCUAGAAUGUAAUUCGAUAAUUAUCUUCCUUGUUGAAAAAAAUCCUCUAAAAUGUCAUUUAAUGAAACUAUAUAGGAGACAAUGAAAACCUGGUUAAAGGAACAGUGAUAAUCUAACAGAUAAUUAAUAUAGCAAAAGAACAAUAAAUAUGCUCAUUGUUCACUAUUAUGUUAAAAAUAACUUCACAUGCACUCCAUCAAUUUUUAGAGUAGCAUAUUAUAAUUACAAAG